UCCUUCGCUCAAACGAGACAAGGUUGUGCGAAGUACGUCGUGCGCUUAUUAACAAGCUUCAGUGAACAACACUGCCAACAGUAAAAGCGGCAGAUAUUGAAGGCGGAAUCAAAGAGAAAAACCCUGAAAAUUUUCCACUUUCGUUUUCGCCCGUCUGGAGUUGUAGAAAGUUUGGGGGACCCAAUCCAUGGCGGCGAAGGGAGAGAUCAGACACGGCGUGGAAUGAAAAGAUUGACCAGAUAGAUGUCUGGCUGCAUAUUUAUUCAUUAUCACAACAAGACGACCUGAAAUCAGAGAGAAACCAUCAUGUUGGUUUAUCAUUACAACUUUUUUGACCGCAUGACGAAGAUAACGUGCGUACGAUCGCUUGGAAGGGUACGAUUCUUGCUACAUUUUCUUGGCUCUUUUACGAUCGCUGACCAAGUCCUUUCAUGAGCGUUAAGUGAAUUUGUUUUGGAUCAAGUAAUAAGUUAGCGACCUUGUCAAGUGCAAUUAUGGUCUAUUUCACGAAUUACUCGAAAGGAUACGUCGUGGAGUUUGAAACUCCGUGUUUUAAAAGCUGGCUUCUACUACCAGCGGAAAACUUGUGGAGUGAUAGAGUGCGAGGGUUUCUUUACACAGUUGCCAUGUUUUAUCUAUUUCUAGGUAUCGCUAUAAUCGCCGAUAUUUUCAUGAGCUCUAUUGAGGUAAUAACAAGUAAAAAACGCAAAGUUACGCGAUACGAUUCGGAGAAACAAGAACGCGUAGAGAUCGAAGUGUUUGUAUGGAAUGAAACUGUUGCUAAUCUGACUCUAAUGGCGCUCGGAUCUUCAGCGCCGGAGAUACUCCUCGCGGUGGUAGAAACCAUUCAAAAUCUGGGAAACAUUCCGGAUGCAUCACAGGAAGACAAAGAGGGUCUUGGUACUUUCACUAUAAUCGGAUCAGCUUCGUUUAAUCUGCUGCUUAUCACGGCACUUUGUGUGGUAAGCGUUCCCAGCGGAACUGUUAAAAAGAUUCGUGAAUUUGGAGUCUUUAUUGUCACUUCUGUGUGGUCGCUGUUCGCGUAUGUCUGGCUGUUGGUGGUGUUGAAAUGGUCCUCGCCAGACGAGAUCGAGUUAUGGGAAGCGUUCGUGACGCUGAGUUUUUUCCCUCUGCUCGUGAUUACAUCGUGGUGUCAGGAUAACGGCUGGUGGUGCAAGCGGGGAAGAAUUCUAAGCGUUGAGAGUCCUGAGGUUCGCGUGAUCGGGCUCACAGAACCUGGUAGUCCGAUGAUGACUCAUCGGUCGAUGGAACUUAGGGCUUUAGAGCAGCAAAGAUUUAGUGGAAAUGACUUGAAUGGAAGCAAGGAUAGAAUUAGGGGUGUUGUGAAUUUGUGGAAAGAAUCAAAUCCUGAUCAUAAUGACAAUAAAACAGUCGCUGAUGUUGCCUUAGCCCUAAAGCAGUUUAAACAGUUGACACAGCAAUCACAAAACAGUGCUUCGUCUAGAGCACGCUUUCGACAUGUUGCAUUGAGCAGCAUUACAAGACAGAAACCUGGUAUGAAAGAACCUGCUAAGGACCAGGAAGAACAAUUAAAUAUGCUGUCAAAAUCUCUUUAUGGAUCUAUAGUUUUUGGCGGAGAUGAAAAAGCCUUCAGCUUUAGUGCAGCAUCGUAUUCAGUUUUAAAAAGUGCAAAGAAACUAUCAAUAGAAGUGCAACUCAAUCAAAGGAUAAUAAGAUCACCUUGCAUUCCAUGUAAAAAUUUUCAAUUAGCAGCCCCUUAUGAUCCAUCAACACCCAUUCUUAAUGGCAAGUCGGAACAGCUUACAAUUCCAAUCAUCAAAGCUGAUUUUCCGGGAAGUAAUGGUGUUCCUUUGUCAACUCCAAAAAUAAAUGGAGAUAUACUAGCAAGGGAAAGGGUAUAUAACAUACAAGAUGCAGUGUCUACCGAGAACAACAGUGAAUUUCAACUUGUGGAAGAUCCUGCCCAGUCAAAAGCUAGAUCAUUUUAUGUGGAUUACGAGACUCGAGAUGGAAGUGCUAAACAUGGAAAGGACUACCAUAGUUUAAAAGGCACAUUGACAUUUCAUCCAGGAGAAACCAAGAAAAUAUUGACAGUUACAAUAGUUCAUCAUGAUGGAUAUGCACUGGAAAAAGACUUCUACGUGCUGUUAAAAAAUCCCGUGGGAACUGUUGAACUGGGAGAACCAAACUUGGCUAGGAUCACAAUAAUAGAUGAUGAUGAGCCUGGUGAAUUCUCCUUUGAAGAUGCAAGUUAUCACGCCAAUGUAGUAACCAGUGAUGUCACUUGCACUAUAAUUAGAAGGAAGGGGUGUGAUGGCAUGGUCACUCUGACUUACAAUACCAUGAAUGGCACAGGCUGCGGUGGGACGGAAGAGGAACUUCAACAGAAGAAGUGUGAUUAUGAAGAGACAGUCGGUGGAAAGUUGUAUUUUCAACAUGGUGAAACAUCCAAACAACUAAUAAUAAGAGUGAAUCCUGACUGCAAGAAUAAAAACUUUAUAGUGUUAUUGAGUGAUAAAAGUCCAGGAGCUAAAAUUGGACAGAAAAGGGCAGCAGUUAUAAACAUUACAAAUGAUGUUGAUAACAUUGUUGAGCGAGUUGCUAACAUUAUGACAGCAGAGGAUGAGCAAAGUCUGACCAAAAGUUGGAGAACACAGUUUGAAGAGGCAAUGGUUAUUCAAGGGGAGGAGGAUGACGAAGGAAACACAGAACCACUCAGCAUAAUCGACUUUAUCCUCCAUUUUCUCACUUUUUUCUGGAAAGUGCUAUUUGCGUUAAUUCCUCCAAGGAACUGUUGCGGUGGAUGGCCUGCAUUUUUCAUGUCUCUGUUAGUCAUAGCAGGACUAACUGCAUUGGUAGAGCAGCUUGGCAAACUCCUGGGUUGUGCUGUAGGGCUUAAGAACAGUGUUACAGGAAUCACGAUCAUAGCAAUUGGUACUAGCUUACCUGACACCUUUGCCAGUCGUAGUGCUGCAUUGCAAGAUAUUGGAGCAGAUGCAUCAAUUGGGAAUAUCACAGGGAGUAACAGUGUGAAUGUGUUUCUUGGUCUUGGGUUGCCAUGGGUGAUAUCAACUUGUUAUCAUGCAGUGAAGAAGACAAAGUAUAUUGUGUACAGUGGUAAUCUAACUUUCUCAGUGCUGGUCUUUACAACUUUUGGGCUUAUUUGUCUUACAACCCUUGUCAUUAGAAGAGUGAUUUUCAAAGGAGAGCUUGGUGGUCCUGCAACAUCAAAACACAUGACUGGGUUAUUCUUGGUUUUCCUGUGGUGUUGUUAUGUUGUGGUAUCAGCAUUAGUGGCAUAUGAUGUAAUUCUUGUUGGUCUUUGACACAAAAACUUAUUUAUAGAGUUACUUUACCAUAUUUCAUGGAUCUGGCAUGUGGAAAUUCAAAAUGAAAUUAAACUCUUGCCAAGUACACUCAAGAAGAAUUGUGACAUGACUAAAGAGGUUAACAUUAACCCUUAGAGGAAAAAC